AUGCCUCUCUUUACCAACGUUGAUGGCGGCAACGAUUCUACAGAUGAGAUCACCACCGAUCAACCAGGCCUAGAAGCUGUGGACUCUGUGACAAAGAAAGUCGGCUUCUACCCGUAUACUACCAAUAUCUCCGAAAAAGCACUAUCAACUCCAGAGUCUGAGGUAGCACCUACUUCAAAGCCUUUAUCACGAUCCCGCGACCGUCACCUCAAAUCUCGACCGAUCUUGAAGCCUCGACCGAGCCAGGAGAGAGUGGCUGACAUCCUCGUCCAGUAUGAGAGAAGAGCACUAUUGGACGACAUGGAUUCACUUUUCACAAAUCUCGCUUCUGGCGAUCGUGCAGCAGUUAUCGAUGCUUACCAGACAUUUCUUGUCCUAGUGAAGUCUUACGGCCAACCACCUGAGUCCGAGACCUUGCGAGGAGGAAUGCAAAAGUUGCAGCAAUACAUCAAGAAAGACCUCAUGGUAUUGGACGAUAACUUAUGUGUGAGUCCGUCGGAGGAGAGAGCAAGCCUAGGGAACUUGGUCACGAGCGCGUUAAAGGUUCUGAUCACUUUAGUAUGGAGUCACGAAUAUUCGAAAGACCUCACAGACGACUUUCGGCAAUGGUUUCUAGAUCGCUCAAUUCGUGUUCUCAAAGAUCGGAAUACAUCUAAAGCCAUUACCAUGCAUUACAUGCACCUACUAGCUACCCAAAAUUUCCGGCAGAAUAUAAAUGCAAACAACAGACAUCUACAUAUCUUGGAAGCGAUUCAUGAGGUGGCAGAUUAUGCUUCUGGAAAGGGAAUAGCUCUGGAGAGACUGCUAGUCCAUCAAAAACUCGUCGAUCAGGCAAAGUCUGUAAUGGAAAAAAGACCAGAUCUUUGGAUGAAAGAUUUGCUCUUCGACAUGAGCCACUCCUCCAAAGAGGUACGCAAAAACGCGAUUUGCUUGGGAUUAGAGGUCUGUAAGGCCUUCGGCAAUGUUGCAUCUAUCAACCAGACUGCCCGAGAGUAUCUUGCAGAGACGACAGGAGAACGUACCUUGAGCGAGUCAAUCACUAAUCGACUGGAGAAGCUGUUAGCUGCGCAAGAUGAGGAUAGCGCGAGGUCACAAAUACCCCAAAUAUGGAUCAUCACGAUCAUGCUUUGUCAUGGCACAGCCCACAAGCUGGAAACAUGGCCACAGCUUCAUGAAUGGUUGAGGCUCAUUCAACGCUGUUUCAAUAUGAAUAACGAUACAGUUCGGACAGAGGCAUUCAGAGCCUGGAAUCGUUUGUACCAUAUUGCGAGGCCCUACAGAGCUUCCGAAAAGGUUAUCUCAAUGCUAGCCAAGCCAGCUAUCAUGCAAUUGGAACGAAACAACAAUACGAAUGCAGCGAGAAGCAUCCGUGCUGUUGUUGUUUCUAGUUAUUGCAUGCUACUUUACUAUGCAUUUAGACCUUCACGAUCUGUAGCGCAGUACAGUCGGAUGUGGACAGCAUAUGUGGCGAAGCUGAUGACUUCAAAUUUCCUCUCGAAAUCUGGUGCAGAUUUACCGAACUGGAACGAGAAUAGAGCGUACGACAACAAUCUCAUCGAUUAUUCGGAGCUUCCAGCGAUUGACGCUAAAUGGAUUCGAGGUCAAAUUGUGGAUGUGUUAGGUGUAGUUCGACUUCUAGUCGAACAUAGCUCUUUCGGGCCCAAUGGAGCAGUUUCCGAGCAAGCCUACGUUGCACAAACCUGGAAGAAGUUAAUGCACGCGCUUCGCGACAGCACAAGCAAAGAGAUCAUCAUGUCAGUAGAGACAAAGGCAGCAUUGCAAGCUGUCUUGAUCUUUCUAACGGAGCUCCCUGAUCCCGAAACGACAAUAAAGACCGCGACCCUUUGCGAUGCUCGAAGGACUCUGCUGGCAAGGAUCACUGUUGAUGUAUUAGGUGCAGGCACAAUAUUGCAGGCCUUUGAGAACGAUGAUGGCAAAAGAGCGAGCGCUGUCCUGCCUGCGGUCUUCUCGCAGCUGACGCGGACAAUCGACCAGUCCGGUAUUCAACAACCAGCGCAUGAGGCUCAACUAAACCGAUGUGUUGAUAUACUCGGCGGCUUCAUGGCAAAGGUAACCAAUCAAGAUCCAGCUCUUGAUAUCACAACAUUGCAGGUCGUCAAUCGGUGUUUGGACGGUAUUGCUCUAGAAGCACAUCGAUAUCUCAGAAGACUCUCAGACGCUAUUGCACUUCUACUCAAGGCCAUCGGUGAAAGUCUUGCUAACAACGAACUUCCGGAGGCUCAGAUGUUUACCUGUCAAUCCUUCUGCUUGGUCACAUGCAGACUCGUUGAGGCUCUACCACCUACCACAUACAGAUACUUCGAUUCACUCCUGGCCUCUAUAUGCUCGGUGCAGUAUACCAUUCAGGCUACACAUCUUGAUGAUAUACGAGAUAAGUUUCGCCAUGUCGGCCCCAAUGAUUUUGGCCCGAAGCUACUGGCCGCCGUAGCUGAGCUUCGUACUGCUGAUAUGCUUCAAAAACCUACCUUCAGCCGCCCACUUCCGGGAUUGUUGUCUCGACUUAAGAAUUCUUCGGUUGUUGCACCUGACCUGAAAGUGCCUACUAACAAGCCUCGUCAUGACGAUUCGCAAGUUCAAUUUGUCCCCAUAGAAUCAUCACCUUCGAACUAUGAGGACGUUGAGUCCCAGCUCUUGACAACGCGUCAAAAAGAUGUCCGGCAUAGACAGAGUACAGAACGGCCUAUUACCUUUGCUGAUAUACGUUCGAGCCCGAUGGCAAAGAUGGAUAAUGUACAUUCAAGCAAACUAUUAGAGGAGCGUUCAUCCUUGCCGAAUACUCCAACUACACCUGUUGCAGCUGCCUCGCGUCUACACGAAGACGACGAGCCACCCACUCCGACUCCAAAAGCAAAGAAACCGUGGUAUGCAGGCCUCCAACCGGAUGUGCCAUCCUCACCUCCAUCGGUGGUGGAGAACGACAUGCGAAUAGCAGCAGCAUCCGCAAUCACAUCCUCCCCUAUCGUGCACCCUCGUGGCGGAGACGACAGAAUUCAAUUGGACACUAUCGUUGAGGUUGACGGGCACACUGAGGUCGAAGAGCAGCAGGCAAAGGCUGUGGAGUCAUCUUGCCAUCCGCAAGGAUUGAAUGAAGAAGCAAGAUCGCCCACUCGAGUACCUUUGCUCUUGGAUGUUGAUACUGCGGACUCGACAGUUGAUGACUACGAAACUGCUGAAGCUGUUAUUACCUCCACUCCCACAUCAUACAGCGAUGAGAACGAUGCACUCGCUGCUUCGCAGCUGUCGCAAAGUCUUGUCGAGGAGAGUCAAUCGUUCUCUGACUCUAGAGAGAGAGUAUUGAAGUCUAGCAAAACAAAGACGAAACGCAAGAGAUCGUCAGGGCACGAUUGUGAAGAUGUUAGGCACAAAAAAUCUCGAGUAUUGGAUAAAGAGGAAAUCGAAAUUCGCACAGACCAUGUUGCAGAGCAACCCCUGAAUGAGGAAAUGGCGGAUUGUAUAGUUGUGAAUACCAACGCUCCUGGUUUGCGAUUAAAAGUACAGAAAGCACGGCAACCCAAGAGGAUAACAACAAAAGGCCUUCGUCAGGAAUCGCCAGCCCUCUCGCAAAUUUCGUUGUCGCCUGCAAGUACAAGCUCGUCACGAAGAAGUAACAGAAGGCGCGAGUUCCGCUCUGAUAGAAAAACACGUUCUGCUAGCAGUCAGGAAGCGAGUCCGACUACUCAAAUACGCGUUGUCGUACCACCAAGAGCAGAUACUUCGGCCAAGGAUGAGGCAAAGACUGUUGCUCAGUCCGAGGCUGAAGAUAGCCCACCCACGCAGACGUUGUCUCAAUUCGAAGCUGAAGUAGAGAGUACAACAGAAAAACAAGCAGAAGAAGAUGCCGAGAUUCUUUCUCGUGAUGGCCGCAAAAAGCAGAAGACGAUUGCCUCCGAGAAUACGAGACAAGAACAAACGAUAAGUACUAAUAAUUUCGAUGUCGUCAACGAUCUACAAGACAUCCUCAACCGCCUCAACGAUCCAGCUACCUCUACAAAUACUUCGAACCUCAACAUUGCAGCUAUCCAUAGCCUAUGCUUUCAGAUUGGAUUGAAAGCACAACAGUACGCUCAGCAGUAG